CGGUGGCGGUGGUGGUGGUGGUGGUCUCUGCCGCGUCGUUGCCUAGUAGUGGGGAAGAUAAAGAGAGAGGGCUACCAGAGCGCUGGUAGACCCGCCACCAACCGAGGGAAGGUUCCGAAGGCGUCGACACUCCCUACCCAAAAGCCAAUGGUAAAGCUCGUUCGUCUGCUGGCUCCGCCAACCGGAUUGCCUGUUACGCGCAGAGAACGCCCAUCCUCCCCGUUCGUACUGCUCCUACUGAUGUUUUUAUUUAUUACAUCUGUGACUGGGUAGGGAAAUACUCCGGACUCGACCGAGAGAGCGUUUGCCACUUUGAGAACGAGCGACGCGCGUCCCUGCGCGAGUUACCGUAGUCGUCGUCGUCGUCGUCGUCGCCGUCGUCGUCGUCGUCGUCGCCGUCGUCGUCGUCGCCGUCGCCGUCGUCGGCGUUGGCAAUCCUCUUCGUCGAGUUCGCGUUCGCGUUAUUUUUCUCUUUUUCGAUCUAGUGUGAUUGUCGGAUUGUCUGUGAUUGUCGCGCCUGAAACGUAAUCGGCAUCGUUUAACUCCUUGUCGUCGUUGUCGUCGUCGUCGUCGUUGUCGUCGUCGUCGUCGUCGUGUUCGUUGUUGUCGUCCUCUGGACGUCGCUUGGACGUCUUCGUUUGAGCUAAGGAUGCUUGCGAUGGACGACAAAUGGACGCCGAUUCGUUCAUUCGUCUAAGUGCAAACAUCAAGACUCGGCGAAAAGAUAUGAGCAAGACUUGUCGUGUUCUCGCGUAUGGUGAACCUCGUACUUUCUCUUGCAAUCGUACGGGACAAGGAUUUCUCAAGUGACAGUGAUAAGCUUUCAUUGGGACGGUCGACAUUGUAGAUAUAUUUUACAACGACCCGGUGAUCUUAAGUCCGCGUGUUUUUUUUUUUCAUAUUGUGAUACAUAUAUGUAGGUAUAUCUUCGCGAACAUAGUUAUUCGUUGUUGUGGCUUAGACGAUACAGUCUGCUACUAUUAAAACGACGAGAGAGAGGAAAGUGCUGGAGAGAGAACAAGUAGAAGAGAUAAAUCAAAGUAAACCAGAGAGAAAAUUUAGCCACCGAUGGACCACGGAGCGAUGGACAGCUCUUCCGAACACAGCAGUCGUGCCAGUCCCGUAACCGGCAGUCCAAAGCAUCCUCAUAGUCCAUCAGCGCAACAGAGUCAACAGCAACAGCAGUUGCACGGCUCCCAGCAUCAAUCCUCUUUACAACAAUCCCAUCCACGAGAUCAGUUACGCGAACAUCAACAGCAACAACAGCAGCAGCAACAACAUCGUGGUGUACCGACACCAGGCUCACCGACGAGAGGAUCACCACCACAGGGUCUUCCCCUGAGUCCACCGCCUCUGUCGGCCGGGGGAGGACCCGGUGCACCUCCAGGAAUGGUACCACGAAUGCCAGGACUACCGCCACCGGGACUGGGUCUGUUGGGCCAGCUAGGUGGGAUGUUAAGCGGUCAUCAUGGAUCACCUUUGGAAUUGAUGGCUGCUCAUCACGCUGUAUUACCACCCAGAUCGUAUAACAGUCCACCACCGAUCAGUACUAGUGAUCCAACCGCGAACGAAUGUAAACUCGUCGAUUAUCGUGGCCAGAAGGUCGCUGCUUUUAUCAUUGCCGGUGAUACCAUGCUCUGCUUGCCUCAGGCCUUUGAGCUCUUCCUGAAACAUCUCGUGGGUGGUUUACAUACCGUCUAUACUAAGCUAAAGAGACUAGAUAUCGUGCCGUUGGUAUGCAACGUCGAGCAGGUUAGAAUCCUACGCGGUCUCGGAGCCAUUCAACCGGGCGUCAAUCGUUGUAAACUUCUCAGCUGCAAGGACUUCGACAUUCUCUACAGGGACUGCACAACGGCCAGGUACGUUCCUUUAAGCUCCAGGCCAGGAAGACCCCCAAAGAGAGCUUCCGUUGGUUUGAGCCUCGCAGCGAGUCACCUAGCAGCGGCUGCUGGUCAUCAUCCACAGCAUUCCUUGAAGAAACACAGGAUGGACAACGGCGAUUACUAUGAAAACGGACAUCUAGAUGUACCAAGGAUGGAAAAGUCACCGCUUUUGGCGAACGGCUAUAAUCAUCCACCCACACACCUCAGUCAUAUGCAAUUCAUGCAGUUGGGAGGACACCCAGGUGCAGGACACACAGCCAUACUCUCACCAGCAAGUCUGCCCCAUCAUCUUCAAGCACAGGCUCAGGCUCGUGCCGAACAAGGUCUCAAGGUUAACCCAAAUAUGACCAACAUCGAAGCACUCGCGAGGUCCGGGACGGUAUGGGAAAACUGCAGAGCUGCCUAUGAAGACAUUGUCAAACACCUUGAAAGGCUUCGCGAAGAGAGGGGAGACGCUGAAAGGGCUCUUGCAUUGGAUCACAAACCUAGAGAUCUAAGUUCGCACAAUGGUUCCUCGAACGGUCACAGUCCCGUUUUGAAUCUUUCGAAAACAGCAGGAAGUGGCAGUGUUGGUGAACAUUCGGGUAGUGAAGCUGGUGCGUCGCAUCGUUCGCAGGACGACGAGGAAGAGGAUGAUAAUCUUUCGGAAGAUCUCGAAGACGAGAACGAGAAAGACGAAGAUUUAUCUGACGUCCCAGAGAACCUACCACUUCCAGCACCAGGCUCAGAGAGUCCUCAGGCAUUGAACUACUCUCAGAUAGCCUCAGCAGCAGUCGCAGUGUCACAGGGUGCUCAGGACCCUUCGGUUUCGAGUACGGAGACAUUGUUAAGGAAUAUCCAGGGUUUACUUAAGGUUGCAGCUGACAACGCGAGGCAACAGGAGAGGCAAAUCAACUAUGAGAAAGCCGAGUUAAAGAUGGACGUUCUUCGUGAAAGAGAGGUGAAGGACAGCCUAGAACGCCAGCUUCAAGACGAGCAAAAAGUUCGAGUCGUCUAUCAAAAACGGUUGAAGAAGGAACGAAGAGCGAGAAAGCGAUUGCAGGAGCAAUUAGAUCUAGAGAUAAAGAGGCGCACGCAAUUGGAGGAGGCACUUAAAGCCACGGGAGCUUCGUCCGAGCAAGUUCGAGCGAUCACUGAAAACGUGACGACGGAAGCUCGUACAAGCACAGAACCGCCAGAAGCGAGUCCAGUACACUCGCAAUCUCAACAGCAACCAUCCCAACAACAGACGCAACAACAACCCCUUCAGCAACAACAAACGGCGGCGCAACAAUACAGAGAAGCUCAAGUUCCACGUCCGUCGCAACAACCGUCUACGCCGGAGAAACCAACAUGGGGAUACGGGUUGGACCUAAUCGGUAGUCAGGCUUCGGCCUUUUGGCAAAAUUACCAAG